CCCGUUUUAUUCGCAGGCUGGGAGCUGAGAGAGCCUGAGCGUUCACUUUCAACCCUCAAGGGGAGGAGGGAUUGCGGGUGGGGAGGGGGGACGCUCCCGGCUCCACCUCGCGCGCGCGGCGCGACCAGAGCGCCCGGCUCCGGCAGAGGAGAGCAGCGCCGGAGAACCCCGCAGCAGCCCGGAGCCCCGCGAUGGAGAUGGCAGAGGCGGAAUUGCACAAGGAAAGGCUGCAAGCCAUAGCAGAAAAAAGAAAGAGGCAGACGGAGAUAGAAGGCAAGCGCCAAGAGCUGGACGAGCAGAUACUUCUGCUGCAGCAUUCCAAGUCUAAAGUACUUCGAGAAAAAUGGCUGCUGCAGGGUAUACCUGCUGGAACCGCGGAAGAAGAGGAAGCCAGGAGGCGGCAGUCUGAGGAGGAUGAGUUCAGAGUCAAGCAGCUUGAAGAUAACAUUCAGAGGCUGGAGCAGGAAAUACAAGCCCUGGAAAGUGAAGAGUCCCUGAUAUCUGCCAAAGAGCAAAUCAUCCUAGAGAAGCUAAAGGAGACAGAAAAAUCCUUCAAGGACUUUCAGAAGAGCUUCUCCAGCGCGGAUGGAGCUGUGUACGCCAUGGAAAUUAAUGUGGAGAAAGACAAACAAACGGGAGAGACCAAGACUCUCUCUACACCCACCAUUGGCCCAGAGGGGGUCCAUCAGAGAGGAGUCAAAGUCUUUGAUGAUGGUACCAAAGUAGUGUAUGAGGUGCACUCAGGAGGCACCAUAGUAGAAAACGGAGUGCACACAUUAAGCUCAAAGGAUGUAGAAGAGCUUAUUCAGAAAGCUGGACAAUCAAGCUUAAGAGGAGGGCACGUGUCAGAAAGGACUGGGAUUGCAGAUGGGAGCCUCAGCCACCCUAAGGAACACAUGCUCUGCAAAGAAGCCAAGUUAGAAAUGGUCCAUAAGUCUAGGAAAGAUCAUUCUUCUGGGAACCCAGGGCAGCAGGCUCCAGCCCCCAGCACUGAAGGGCCGGAGGCAAACUUGGAUCAGCCAGUCACCAUGAUUUUCAUGGGCUACCAAAAUAUCGAGGAUGAAGAGGAGACGAAGAAGGUGCUAGGCUAUGAUGAAACCAUCAAGGCUGAGUUGGUCCUCAUUGAUGAAGAUGAUGAGAAGUCAUUGAGGGAGAAGACGGUGACAGACGUGUCCACCAUUGAUGGGAAUGCAGCCGAGCUGGUGUCCGGGAGACCCAUCUCAGACACCACUGAGACACCCUCAUCCCCUGAAGGGAAGGAAGAGAGCUUGGCCACGGAGCCAGCCCCAGGUACCCAAAAGAAAAAGCGCUGUCAAUGCUGUGUUGUCAUGUGACCACUUCUUUCUUCCCCUUUCUUCCGGGCAGCCUCUGUGCUCUCCACCACUUACGUAGACCUCACUGUACCACUAACUGCGAUACUGUGAACUGGAAGCAAACACCUGCCUUGCCUUGCAGUUGGAUUGCUUUGAUCCCUCUUAUUUUUUUCCCCUUUCGUUUUUUUUCUCCAGUUUCCUCAGCUCAGAGACAACAUGCAUGUGUGUGCUUCACUCUUUCCAAGAACUUGCUUUUCCUCUAAACUUUUCCUUGUGUCUUCAAGAGGGAAUCGGUUCCUUACUGCUCGAUUGGAAUGGACUCUUCAUAUCAGCCAGUGAUCUCGUAGCCUUAAUUCAUUUGACUGGAAUUGAACCCGUGGGCACCAGGGGAAUCAUUUUGUCGUGUUCCUAUCAUGUAGUCACACAUCGCCAGGUCGCUGAUUUUCUCACUUGCCUCCCUUACUGUGGAUCUUUGCUUUUGUAUCUUAUGUGGCAAAAUGCUGUGGGGUCUAGCCAGACACUGGUGUAGCCAAAAGUGGACCUUACUUAGUUUGUUCGAUCUAGGGUGAUGCUUUUUGCUGCCUUACAUAAGCUUCCAGGUUACAGUAUUGUGCAUCUCUGGCUUUCCUUCUGUUAAAACUGAAAUGAAGUUGAUGUAAAAGAAAAAGAACCCAGUGCUUAUUACAGCUGAAUUAUAGGGACUAAUUCCAUAACCUGCCCAUCAGCAGCUGUCUCUCUUUCUUAUGACUUAACUGAUGGACCCUUUAUAUAAGAAGCACCAUUUUUAACUUUCUAAGGACAUGAAACAAGCAUUGUUUUGAGCAUCAGUAGUGAUCUCCAAACUUAGGCAAAUCCCGGAACCUUGCUUUUAUUCUCUAAAAAAAAAAAAAGUGUAAAUUUUUGUAUUGUUUUCUUUUUCAUGGAUAUAUUCCGAUCAGUUAAUCUGUUUUCAAUGAAGUGGUCAUUUUGAGAAGUUUCUCUGUAGUGACCAUAUUUCUAAAACAGGCCUUCUGACCUGCAGUGGUUGCUGGCAUGCUUCCGGUCCAUCCAUUGUGGACGGUGCUGUUCCUGAAUUAACUCUUCAUUCACCUGCCCUGUUGAUUCCAGAGCUUUCCAUCUGGACUCUUUUCUUUAUGUCCCUACAAAAAAGAAAAUGUUACCUGUACCUUCACCGUGUAGGUUUAUCCACCCCGCAAAAUUAAACUUUAAAAUGUAGGGGGGGACAAAAGGUUUCAAAGAUGAAGAAAGACCUCUCUUAUCACUUUAAGUACUUUGAAUUCAUUCCAAAAUACUGAUGGAGUGAGUGGCACAUAACUGAGCUUCUUCAAUAUUGUUUUCUCAACUUAUAAAGAUUCCAGAACAUCAAGGGUGGUUUUUAUCUAGAACACAAUGAACAGUUCUUUAAAUUCUUAGCAUUUCUCCCAAAGCAAAUAGCCACAGGUAUAAAAGAACCAAAGGGAAGCAAUAUAAUAAAAUAAUAAUAGAGCAAUGAAAUAAAGCUGUAGCAUUUGAAUUGAUUUUAAAACAAAUAUAUCUUUUAAGUUUUUUGCCAAAUGUUCUUAGUAUUGUUGCAGAUAAUUCACAAAUUUAUCCAUGUUCCAUAGAACCUAAAUUUUAAAAAUAUAUGAUAAGAUGCACUAGAUCAAGUUCAACUUCCAUGAAAAGUAUUGAGAGGAGGCAAAAGCAAAGUGACCUGGAGAGAAUUUUAUUUCAGAACCAACUCAAUUUGUCCUAAGUAGCUUUCUUAGUGCUAAAUUUAUUAUUUUUAAUAUAUUGGCUUGAAAUUGUACUUAUUCCAGUUAGAAGGGGGAAAAACAAUGUUUUUUAGUUUUCAAACAAUUACACUUAAUGAGCACAAAAUAAGUCAUUUGAUCACCAAUAUGUAAACCAAAAAAAGUUUAAAAAGGGAAAAAUUAAUGAGCUAAGUUCUACUUUCUAAGGUGAUUCCAUCCAUGGCUUGAUUUUGAACAGCUGAGGGAAUUCUCUCUAAAUCUCAGGUUCAGCAAAGCAGCUGUUUUUAAAUAAACUGCUCUAUUAUCUAGAAAUAAUAUCUGGUUUUGCUGCCUAUAAACCUCACUACUUUCAGCUUCAUGCUCCUCAGUAAAUGCUUGUUUAAGCAUCAUUUUAAAAGUUAGAAGAAGACAAGCCAGAGAAACCUAUUAGAAAAAGAAAGCAGCUUCAAUGUUUUGGACAAUCUCUGAUUUUAAUAAUUUAUUUAGAAAGAAAUAAUAUAAGUUUCUGAUAUAUUUUUUUUUCCUCACUUGAGGAUGAAAACUAUUCCGUAUGAGUUUUUAAAAGCACAGUUAGUGAGUGGAAUGAUAGAAUUUAGCCUUGGGUGUGUUGUUUGAUAAACAGAACCAGAGUCUCUCAGGACAGCUGAUUCCCUGAUCUGACCUAAGCUUCCAUCAGUGAGUUAGUUUUUCAUGAAGAAAAUUUUCUGUACCUCUCACUACAACACCACACAUGAGAUCUAACAGACCAGUGAUAUUCUGUGCUCUCAUUUAUUGAUAAUUAGUGUAGGGGUUAGCAGAUUAUAUGAAUUAAAGCUCAUUCUCUGCAUUUACUAGGGAAACUUAUGAUUUAAAUGGUUUUUCAAGUAAGAUGUGUUACCUUUAUGAAAAAUGAUGUGUGGCCACAAAAAAUGAAGAUGUGUUUGGAUAUGGCAUAUAUAUUUGUAUAGCUUGCCUCGUUUUCCUGUCACAGUGGGGGAUUCAGAGUCAGCCAGUUCUUUAAUGGGAUGAAACCUGUAAUCGCAUCUACAGCAAAAAGGAACUAUCUUUCAUAGUGAAGAUAUAAACAGAAUUGUGACUGUGAACAUUCUACCUUUCCUGCUGGUGCUGGCAUUGUCUCUGUAAAAACUUCAUGAUGUAUGGCAUCAUGCCCUUCAAAAAUUCAGGGUGUUGACCUACAUCACCAGACUAAUUAGAGAAUCAGUAAGAAAGCUAUCAAUACAAAACCAUGGUCAUUUUUGAGGUCAUAGUUGGACUUUCUUUCCAAAUCAUAGACUCAGAACCCUUUUAAAUGGGAAGAGGGAAAGGAGGGACAUUUCAUUUACUUAUAAAUAGAUUCUCAAUGGCAUGAAAUUAAAAAGAUUCUUUUAGAGUUAAAAUGGUAAACAUAAAUCUUGCAUAUCCUGAAAAAUCGUGGUGACUUGUAUACCUUUGACUUGUUUUUUCCCUUUGAUGUGCAAUAGGACAAAAGGAAGGGGAUUUUCUUUUUUCACUCUGUGCUUUAUUUACUUACAAUUAUAUUAUUUUCCUUAUAUAAGCAAAAUUAGUUGCCUCUAAAAGUGAUUUGACAGUGUCCAGUAAUGUCACUUAAUAUUGGGAGUAAAGAGGACAAGACACUAGGAAUUCCUUUCUGGCCAAACCCCAAUCAUGGUUUCCUAAAACUAUCCAAAGGCUUUCAGAAAACACAAACAAAUUCUAGAGUUGAUUUGAUUUGACUCUGAAAUGUUAAUGACGCAUAUCAGCUUCUGAUUCCCCUCUAGUCCAUUUUACUUUUUCUGGCAAUAAAUGUGUUUUUCCUAAAUGCAAGGAAACCUUUAUUUGGUUAGGGGUAAGUUUUUAUAAAAGGGGGGAAAUAUCUCUAUGUAAUUUCCUAGAGAUACAGUAUCACCUCUGGAGCAAAACGUUGAGCCCAAGUCUGAAAACAGCUUAUUUCUUUUCACUUCGUUCAGAAUUACAUUUCAAGGGACCAUAGAACACCCUUGAUGAUGACCAUUUAUUUAAUGCCAGUGAACCAGUGGGUAGCAAAAGAGGUGGCGGGAAUACGGUGAUAGAGGCAAAAACUAAAUCACUAAACCAGUUGUUCCUUUAAAAAAAAAAAGUAACUCUGUCAGUGUAAAACACAGAUGAACACAGGCAAAAUACGCAUGGAGGACUUACUUUUGUUCUCACUUAAAAUCUAGAAGCUCAGCCAUCUCUGUUUGUUAACAGACCCACUUGUGGAGUUCAGCCCACCAAAGGGCCCAUACCUUGUGGGAAUAUUCUGAUCUCCUGCAAUGUUACUUUGUUUACAACAAAAACCAUUCCAAGGCAAGAACAGUUUUAUGUUGUACUUUGGCAGUGUGCACAUUCAUCAUUGAAACCAAGAAUUCUCAGCAUGGUUAAAAGAUAAGUUUCCGAAACUCUGUAGAUGUGUAAUCUUUUAGAAGCUCCUCAAUUUAUUAAUCAAGGUAUGUGUAGCUCUGCUGAUGAGGACAGAACCAGAAAGCGUCUCUUGUGCUACUGGGUAGUAUUAUUAUGACCCAGCGCAUACAUGGAAUGAUGGUAUAUAUCACAAAACAAUUCCAAGUAAUGAGCAGGAUGAGAUCUUGGAUUCCUGGGACCAGUUCAUCUUCAUUGUGAAGACCUCUUCUGGUCUUAUCAGGAAAACUUCCCUGCAUUUUCUUGGGAAAAAGAAAAGUCCAUCUUUUAUGAGGAGCACGAUGCUGAUAUAUAUCUGUAUUUUCAUAGCUUCAGCAAACUCCAUAAUAUAACCCCCAUUUUAAUAGAAACCAAAAUACUUAUUAUUUGAAUGUAGAAAGGCUAGAAUAAAAAUUACAUCCUGAAAGUUUCCAGGGGUAAUUUCCCUGGGGAAUCCUUGAAUCAGCCUUGUCCUACCACCCCUUAAUUUUGUAUGACUUAAAUAGGCCUCUGUGUCCCCUCUCCACUCCAGUCUAAAAGGUCUGAACUGUAGCACAAAAAACUUGCUGUCAGUGUGAAAAUACCAUAUGUAUCUUGUGGGGACCACAGACUUUCUGCAUCAAAGAUCUGGGCAGCCUUAACUUUUAUAAAAGAAUUUUCAAUGCUGUCUUUUACUAAGCAGGGAAACAAAAUGCUUCCUGAAAUUAAUGACUUUUCUAUAUUUUGUGACUAUUUUCUAAGUUUCUACAGGUUCAUCUUUUCCCCAUAUUGCCUCUUACUAGUCACCUGGGGCUAUUUUUUGCAAGUCAUUGCAUUUUUAUCAAAAGAAAAGUACAUCUCAUGAACCACAAAAUUCCCUCUAGACUUCAGGCAGUCCUUCUGGAGUAAAAGAACAGAAACACAGAAAGAAAUGAAUGACAGGGUGGCUUUUGUGUUCCUAUGGUUAAUGUACUGUAUGGUAUAUAUGUUUACAGAAUGUAUCUGCCUUGUGAUGUUAACAAAAUGAAUGACAAAAAAAAAAAAAAUGAGUUCUGAUGUGCCAUUUGAAAGUUUGCCUUAGCAUCGAUGUUUAUGUUCUUUUCUGUCCUUUCAAAAUCACAGGUUGUAUUCCAAAGCUGUUUGAGCACAACAUUCUCUUCCCCACCCCUACCCAGCCCUUCUUUAGAGCUGUGAAUUUCCUCCCAGGAGCCGAGGCAGAACCUUGCAGUUCUGAGCCAGGGGGAAUAAAGUAGGCGGAGCUUGGGCGUUGCCUCUGCCCUUCUACGAGUCAAAGACUUCCUUGUGAGCACUCUCCCACUCUGACAUUCCUGGGGUGGGCCUCAUGCAAGGUGUGACCUCCUGCAGUCCUUCCCGCCUUAAGGGAGGUGAACUUGUGGACCCCCUACCUAGAUCUGGGCGCAUGUUUCUAAGCACAAUCGGCAUAGCUUCAAAAAGCAAAUUGAAUGAGACGGGCUUACAUGCUGUGAUUGAGCCUUCCCUGAGGGGUGUGCCAUUCAUUGUAGUCUAAGAUGAGUGGCGUGGUAUAGAGGGGAAUAGGGAGUGGUUAUAGAAAUGGAAUAGUUUAUGUUUAUUUAUUUUUUUAAGGAAAAAUAUUUUUAUAAUGAAAUCUAGAUAAGUUAUGAAGCUUGACUUUGAAAACACCCUUGAUUUACUGAGUUAUAUUUCUCUAUUCCAUUAAGGUAACUUUCUGCUGAGUUCUGUUAGCACUCGCCCAGACCUUGGGAGGCAUGAGCAGAGGUCCUGUGACCUGCCCCUACACCAGCAGAUCUAGGUUGUACGAUCAAACUUUCUAUACCUGUCAUUAGAUAACCUGUUAUAUAGCUUGAUAGCUCUCUGGGCCACACCUUUAAUAAUGUAGAAUGAUCUUUUGGAAGGAGAUAGCUGUUUUAAAUGAAAGCCAAGCCCAGCAAUUAUCAAAGUCUAACUCUUUCACAUAUUUAAGGAGUAAUUGCAACUUGUGAGGUUAAGGGACCACUUAUAAUAUUAUGGUACAUUUGAGUUAUUUAUAGGAAAUGGUGAGUCAGAGGCAUCUGGCCAUCUGCAUAUUGUACACAAUAUACAUGAAUGUAUAAACCAACAAUAUGAAACUUACCAAAUGUUAUUGGCCUUGUAAAUAUCAACAGGGCUGCAUCUUAUUUCCAGAGUUAAGUAGAGACUGGAAAGGAUUAUCCUUAUCCAUCCACAAAGGAGAUACUGAAUUUUUAGAGUUCUUAGAUUUUUUCCUUAAUUUUCUACCAAGUUCUUGAGUUCCCGUCACAGUCAUACUCAGGCUCAUGAAUAUCUUCACCCACACCUGUUCCACUGUCUGACUCACACCAGAGGUCAGAGGUCAAGCCUCAGCAUCUGCUCCCUUCUCCUCUUAGACUCUUCUCCCAGGAAGCAUCCUUUCCUAGGAUGGGGUCAUUUUCUCCUACCCUAAAAGACCAAGAUCCUUUUUUUUCCAGUAAGGCAGAGUCCUAAACACUCUCCUUUUCAAGAAAAAUAGCCUUUCUAAUUCCCAGACAAAUCAUUUUAGUUUCUUUAUCUUCAGAAUCCCUCCAACAGGCCCAACUCAAGUCCAGCUGUGAAGCAUACUGUCAUGACAACAACUCCAGAAAGAGCUAUGUAACUGCCUGAGGGUGGUAGGAAGAGCCAGUGUGCCCUUAGCCUCUUGUUACUAUGGGAACCUCUCAGUUUCAAGAUGAGGUGGUCAGGGAGACAUUCAGUCACUUGGUUGUGCAACAUGUCUUUAUGUACAAAGAGGCCACCGGGCAAGGCCUGAUCUCAGCUAUUCUGUGUGCAGCUCCAACUCCAAUUCUGUGACAUCCCAUCCUGGUCAUUGGAAAGAGUUCUCUCCUUGGUGGAGUCCUGGAACAUUCAUUCCUCCUCUCAAGCUCCUAACUUAAUCCCAUCACACAGGGGUUCGAGAAAAUGUUGUGUCUGCGGCAGCUUUUCAAUGAAUGUAGGUUGUUGAUUGGAAUGUUCAGCUUUAGCGGCUCACUCGUGGUGAGUGACAUCUCUGUAAAUAUAUCCAUUUUGUGGUUGGUUGGGGGUGGGAUGGGUGGGGCGGGAGACUGUCGUGCAUACUCUGAACUAGACUUUCUGGACUAGCUGCUGUACUUUGUAACCUGAAGUGUACUUUGACUGUUCUGUCUCCUUCAGAUGAAAAACAAAACAAAAGCUGACUUCAGAAAUAACACUGCCAGCGACAGCCGAUGCUGUACUUGUAGCUUCUCUCUGUUCCUCUGUACAGUGUUAAUAGACAAUAAACUGCCUUUUCACUGCAUCUACCUCUGUGUCUGUGCCCACAUUCUUUCCCCCUUCUCACCUGCCACAGCGGACUUCAGGCCAGUCCUCGUGGGGAGCACCUCCAACCGUUCACUAAAACUCCACGCUAAUCCAGUGCUUUUCAAACCUAAACCUGCUUCAGCAUCACCCGGUGGCAUCUGCUAAGAAUGUGGAAGCUCAGCCACACCUCAGGGACUCAAAUUCAGAUUCUGGGGUGGGGCCCAGUAUUCUACCUGUUUAGUGAUGUCUCCAGGCGAUUCUGAUACAUACUCCAUCUAACCCAGCCGUGUGUUUGGGGACCUCUCCGUGGCCUGCCUGUUCCAGCUGGUUUCCACAUUAACUAAUCCUCUCUCUAACCCCUUUUUGCACAUCUGUCUCCACACCUGUCUCCCCUGGUCUUGUUUCUUAUAAGCCCUCAGCAGUGGCACUGACUUUGAUCCCAUGGGUCAAACUCCGUCUCCCUCUUAGUUUAAGUAGGAAGUGUUCAUCCAGUGCAGUCUUCUAAACAGGAGCCUCUUAAGACACCUGCGGACUUUGUUUCUCUUCUUUAGUGCUGUAUCCUCUUUCUCUAGAAUAGAAUCAGCAAACUUUUCAUGUCAAUGGCAAGAGAGUAAAUACUUUUGGCUUUGUGGGUCACUUGACUUUCGUCACAACUACUCAGCUCUACCAGGAAACAGCCAUACACAACGUGUAAGUGAAUGAGUGUAGCUAUGUUGCAUAAACUUUAUCUACCAACACAGACUCGGGGCCAGAUUUGGCCCUCAGGCAGGUAGUUUGCUGACCCUGGUCUCAGACAGAGCCUGGCACAUAGUAGGUACUCACUGAAAAGUUAAAAAGUUAUUGCAUGAAAGAAUGAACAAAGGACAGUUAUGAUGACACCUACAGAACUGUCACAAUUGUUUUCUUUGAGGCUAUGAAAUAAACGAAAUUUGUUGGGGAGUUCUCAUCUGUUGGGUUUUGUGGUAGAUUUUUCUUUUUCUUUUUUUUUUUUUUGUGUGUGUGUCUUUAUGCCUGGAAACUACCUCAGGAUUGAAACUGGAAUGGUGCCUCCGACUACCACGCUGAAAUUAACAAGAGUUUCAGCCAAUAGAAAGUUAAAGAAAUGCAAGGACCUCUUGUCCUUGUCGAAAGUGCACCAGGCGUAUGAGAUCUGGGUGGCCCCUGGGCAUCUGUGCAUUUGAUCUUAGUGUUUGUGGAACCACAUCUUAUCUAGUCUAUCCUCCACAGUGAAUGGCAAGGGUUUCUUGACAUUAUUCUUUUUGUUAAUUGAAAUACUUGUUAAACAAAAGGCUGGAACCACAGUAGACCAUUAUUCCCCCCCCAACUCUAGGGCAUAUCCACAGUGACACGCUGAGUAGGGUGUGAAAAGCUGCGUGCUGACAUCCAUUUCCCAGUGUUGCUGUGACUUAAGGGAAGGUAUAUUUACACAAAGCACUCUGUAAGCUGGAAGUGGAUAACGAAUGAAGUUUACUUGUGAUGAGAAAGUGUCUGUUCCUCUACUAAAGAUCUUUUCUCAAAUGUAAACAUAAUAAACUGGUCAGAUGUGUUUCAGAACCAGUGUGAAAAGGAAGCUGCUUUUCCUCCAUUGGGUUUGUGGCAUAUUAUAUUGAACCAUAUGAAGUCGCCAUUUAAUAAAUCAAUAAUGUGGAAUAGUGACAGUUCCAUAUAAUUCAAUCUAAUAAUUCUUUUAGAUUCAGAGAUCAUUUCCCAUCAUGGAGGGCAAAAGAUUAGCAAAUAAACUCUAAUUAUAGCAGGAGGAGUUUAGAUGAGGAAAGAACUUUGGAAGGGAACGUUGUUCUGUACUUAAAACUAGGCAUUUCCCCUGGAUAGGUAGGAUUUCCUUUAAUCUAAUGUUGACCUUUUGAGGUAGACAUUGCUAAUAUUCUCCGUAAUACAUGAGGAAACUGAGUCAAGGAGACAGUUUGUUGCUCAAUAUAGCAGAGCUAAAAAUUAGAAUGGAAAUUGGGGAACAAGUUUCAGGCUCAGCUCUCUUCCACAUAGAAGGCUCUUGUUGUGAGAGUGGUGUGGGGAUACAGCUGAAACUGGAUACAGAAAGAUUUGGGUAACAGAGCCAUCUAUGCCCCCCCAGAAAAAGACAAAAAUGGCACCAGUCCUUAUUUUGUACCUUUAUCUACUCAAGCAAAGGCUCAGUAAUAACACUGCCCUCUGGAGGAUGGGAGGUGUCUAUGCAGCACUUCCUUCCCAAAAGAAAAGCAGUCAUGCUUUAUCUGUUCUUCUACCCGAUUGUUUGGAGUCCUGUUGUUCUGCUUGACAUUUUUCCUUCCCCAUUCAUAAAAAGAAUUAACAAAAUUUAAAAUCUAGGAGUGGCAUAUCCAUUUUCAAAUAAGCAAAGGAGGUGUUGUUGUUGUUAAUAUUGUUAUUAUUUUGCCCCUGUUGUAAGAGCUUAGAGGAACAGUGUUCUAUGGCACUGGGCAAAUACCUCUUGUAUCAGAAGGCGGAUACAUCAGCCUUCUGCAACCACCAAUAGGACACACUGUCUCCCUAACAACCCAGAUCCUCUCCCAUUUUUCUCAAACAGUGUCAAAUCCUCCACUAUACAGGCAUCACACAAAAGCCUAACUUUGCUAUUUAGAACUCAAGGCUAUGGGAGCUCAGAUUGAUCAUCUAAUGCAGAAGUCAUUAAAUGGUUAGCCACUGGCUGAAUCUGAGGCUGUGUUGGUUAUAACCUGUGGUUAUGUUGGUUUUGCCUGCAUCAUGUUUUAAAACCAUUUUUAAUUCACUGCCAAUAAUAAUAAAUUAAGAGGAGUGUCAUUUCAGAGAUGGAUUUCCAGCUACUCUUGACAUUUCAGAGGCUCUGUCAACCAUGGGCCUCUUUUCCUGGCUGACAGGUAUCUAGAGCUGAUGGUGGCUGCAGUCACACUCUCUUGCUCACCAUCCCCGCCCCUCCUUCCUAUUACCUUACUCUUGGCCAGUUUCCUUUGUUUAUAUUACCUGCCUGGCGCUUGUUGAUGUAUGGUAGAUUAGGGAAUCUACCAUAACCUACUCAUUUUAUGGCUGGCUCCCAGAUGAGACUUACCUAAAGGGAGAUGGCAGAGCCAGAAUCAGAGAUGAACUUCUGAACUCCUUUGGAAAAAUAAGUUUUGCACUAGGUUUGGAUUUGAAUUAGAUGGAAACAUUUAAAAAUUUUGAACAGCCCACAAGCAGAAAGCCAAUAUCAGAAUUUGAUGCUUGUACUUUUACCAGAAGGACCCACAUGACUUUAUAAUAAUAGAUUAUCCCAAGGCUGGUGAACUCAUUUACCACUCAAGAGGAAAAAAAAUUCAUUUCCUAUGACAACUUCUAGUAUAUAGAUUAUUUUACUCUCUGUUUCUUUGGUUAAAUGAAUCAUGUCAUGUUUUAAGAACUUUGUGACAUCAUGUCUUAUGGUUGAAAGUGGCAUUCAUGAAAAAUAAACAAAAAAUUGUUGUAGUCAACAACCAUUGACUAUUUCUGGGGUUUUGUAUCCCUUGCUAGGAAAAAGUAACAAGAUGCAAAGGCCAUACGUGUUUAAAUUUAAAUGUGAUUUUCUUUUCCCUCCUAAUCCUUAGUCUCUUAUUGUGCUCCUGAGGUCAUGUGGUCACAGAAUAGUAAUAGUCUUUCACUUUCACUUUCUUAUCUUACUAAGAGUAAUAAUCAGUAGAAAAUUUGACAUUUCAAAGACCUGAUGAAAUAUGGAUCUUUUCUCUCAUAGCUUGUCAUCAAAAAUCAAUGUGAUCUAGUAUUUUCUUUUGAAUAUUAGAUGAUAAAUGACAUUUUCCAACUUUUUUUUUUCCCACUUCUGAGUCACCAAGUAUAGAAAAUCUGAGCAGCAGACUUACCCUUUUAAAGCCAGGAUUUUUAGGUCAACCCAAGGACAACCCAGAGGUGACAUAAAUCCUGUAGUCAGUGUGAAUUGUUCAUCCAUCAGAAUAUGCAGACUCAUAUUCUUUCUCUUAAAGAGCUUAUUUCAAACCAGAGUGCAAGGAGCAAUUCAGUCAUUUCUUCUUUCUCUGGAAGACUGACCAAAUAUUCACUCUAUUCAGAGGCAUGAUAUGAGAUGCUGCCUCAUACUUUAGCUCAAUUUUUCCUAAACUUGGACUUUUGGUAUCACCUUAAUUUUUUUUGUCCUCUGUGUGUACCACCUGUGGACCAUCAUUUACUCUUUUAACCACUUUUUUUUUUUUUCCACUUAAAGGUAACUUUGUCACCCUACCAUAAGUAAGUAGCUGGGGUUCAGAUGGUAAAGAAUCUGCCUACAGUGCAGGAGACCUGGGUUCGAUCCCUGGGUCAGGAAGAUCCCCUGAAGAAGGGCAUGGGAACCCACUCCAGUAUUCUUGCCUGGAGAAUCCCAUGGACAGAGGAGCCUUGCGGGCUGCAGUCCAUGGGGCUGCAAAGAGUUGGACUCGUCUGAGCGACUAAUGCUUUCACUUCCAAGUAGGUAGCACAUGCCAUAAAAGCAGCUGUUGAAAUAAAUGUAAAUCAGCAUUAUUAAGCUUCAGCUGCACACAGUUGCCUAAGAACAUAUACAGUUACCUGAGACCAACUCUUUCAUUGUUAAAGAGCGGAAUAGCCAGAUUAGAGACUAGACCCCCAUCUGUUUGAUAUAAUCGUAUGGCGUGAAAGAUCAUGAAAACCAUAAUCAUUGUCUCACUGUGUGGUUCAGUGUUGAUUAAUGCCAUCUCAUAUACCCCUUUGGAGGGCAUGGCAACCCACUCUGGUAUUCUUGCCUGGACAAUCCCAGGGACAGAGGAGCCUGGUUGGCUAUAGUCCAUAGGGUUGCAAAGAGUCCUACAUGACUGAAGUGAUGCGGCACACAUACCUCUAAAAUUUUGGAAGCACUGCCUUACUUCAUUGCAUUCCCUUAAAAGAAUCCCAGUUCCUCAUUUUGAAGAUUGGGAUGAGAAAUACAAAGUGACUUGCUCAAAGCAACAGGAAAUAAGAGCAGAGACACAGAGCUGGAAUUCAAGCCCAAGUUGGGAUGACUUCAGAUUCUUUCUGUUUUACCAGGUGCCCAUCAUGCCAUUCCUUUUAUAAGGAAUGAAUUGAAUACAUCAGCAGCAAACUUAAAACUCUCCAGGAAAGCUCUCCAUCAUUUAAACAAACAAAAGUAACAUCUGUUCCAGUUAGAGCUGUCUCUGGCAUAAGCAGUUUUGCACUGAUAGGGAUCAGAUCUAAUUGGGCUCCUUCUGCCUUACUUGAGCGACGUUGCACAAUCAGAUGUGAAUUUCCAGAUAGAGCAGGGAAGUGAUGCAAUAGACAAGCACAUGAGCCCAGUGGCUGCCUCCACUGUAAGGCACUCUGGCCUUCGGCUUCAGCACCUCUGCUGAGCUCUAGUAAGCCCACUCCUGCUCAGCAGACCUCUUGAUUAACUCUUGUUGAGUCAGGGAUGUAGUCAUGGAGGCUGCAAAACUGAUCACUAGAGAGUGAGCAUAACUUAAUGGAGAAAGCAUCACUCAAGGACAUCUUUUUUCUUCUUUUCCCUUCCUUUCCCAUCCCUUCCCUGCCCUGCCCUUUUCCCUCUUCCCUUCUUUCUUCUCUUUUCUUCUCUAUGGAAUGAGUCUGCUUUUGACAUAAGGUGCACUCCCAGCUGAAGGAUGAAUUGACCUCAAAACGUUCAUUAAUCCUCUCAGAAAGCACCAUGUUCUCUGGUCCUCAUUUCUUGCUUGCUGCAUAUUAGAAUCUGGAACAUUUUCUUAAAAAUGUAAUUAUACUAGGGCCCCACCUCAGAGAUUCUGAUCUAAUUUGUUUGGAUGAGGCCUGGGGCAUUUAUUAAAGGGCUCCAAGUGAUUCUCAUGGGCAGUUAGGGUUGGAAACCAUAGCACAGAAGAUCCCAGAGCAGGCAGGAGUGGUCCAGGCUGGAAUCCUUGUCUCAACUCUGCAAACCAAGCAAAAAUAAAUAAAUAAAUAAAUAAAUAAAAUGUAUGCUUUGGCAUCUGAAUCAAAAUCAAGUCCCAAGUCUGUCACUGGUCAGCUUGGUGAUUUGGGGGCAAUUUACUUCAAUUCAAUAAGUCUUGGUGUCCUUGUUUUGUGAAAUGAGAAUAAUACCUACACUGUAGGACUCCUACUGGGAAUGUUUUAAAGUCUUUUCUUUCUGCUUUUCCUUUCUCCUUUCUCUCCCAUUACAAAAGAAAAGUGAGGAGGGUUGUAGGCAAAAAGGCAGCUGAGAAAAAUAGAGAAAUUAGUUAAGAGAAAAAUGAAAUGAAACUAGAGGUCUCAAUCUAGCGUAGAUUUCUGAAUGUUUAUUUCUCUUUCUCCCAUUUGUUUGAGCAGUUCAGCUUGUAAAAUGUACAACACAAUACUGCUAAUAAUUAUCAACCAAACCACUGAAUUCUAAGUUCUUGGAUCUGUUUUUAAAACAAUAAAAACAUGAGAUGAUAGAAUUGGCAUUUGGAGUGUGAGGGGAUACGGGUCUGGGCUCUCUUCUAGAUAUAUCAUUUACUAUGUGACUUAGAAGUCCUUUUUCCUCUCUUGGCCCCAACUUUUUCAUCUAAAAAAUGAGUAAUUUUACCAGAUGACCGUUAAGAGGAUUGUGAGUAACAUUCUAGGUGGAUGUCAACAUCAAAGGUAUUUCUCUAUAGUUAAAGAAAAGGAAAAAAAAAAAAAAAACCAUCAAACUGAGGAGUGUUUUUUCUAAAAGAUGCUAAACUCCCUGGCCUUUAAAAGCCAGCACAUAGACAAUCCUCCUCAGCCCUGGCCUGGCCCUAGGAGUCCCUGGGCAAAUCCCCCAUCACCGCCUUGCUCCAGGUUCUUUCCAAGCCCCAUGGUAAACCAGUAGCCAUUUUCCUGUGUGUGAAAUUCAGUGGGCAGACACCUGAUUUAUGCGGACUUAUGGUUCAUCAUGGUUGAAAACAAGAAUUUGGAUUCCAUUUAAAAAACAUAAACAGACUGGCCUUAUCAGGGGCCUGACAUCCAUGUGCCCUUCUCUCUCUCCUGAUCUAGAAAAUCCUGGAGUGUUGGUAAAGACAUACCUAGAAUCUCCAGGGAGUUGAGUGCAACAGAUACAUACCGCUGCCUAUCUCUUCUAGAUGGUUUCUUCAUAGGAACCUUAAGGAUUGGAGCAACAGAACGACAAUGCUUCGCUCUGCGUGAAUUAGGAACUCCUUCUCUUGUGCUCCAAAGCUGCGUGUCCAGUGUCAUAGGAUUUGAAAUCAAUAAAUGAGUUCUGCUCCUUGAUAGCUCUGUCUCUUAGGGCACAGGCUCUUAGCCUUUGUGUUCUGCAGCAUGCCAAAGACUGUUUACUAAGCACAGGCGGAGUGGUGUUGAUGCAAAGAGCUUCAGAAGCAGUAGAUUAAAAGCCAGUCAAGGAAGUUCCAGUUGAAUGAGGUUCGUUGGCUGAAGCUUGGCUGAGGACAGUUUGGUUUCAAGUCUUUUCAUGUCCCAGGAGAUAAUUCCCCUUUCUGGACGCCGAAAGGAGAAGUGAGAACUCUCAGAUUAUUUCCUGAAGCCAUGGCUGGGUAAAGAAAUCCUUCAUUGCAUGUGUAGAAACACUUAUCAUCACCAAGGCACCUGGCUCCCAGCUUUAUAAAACAGAGAAUUCCUCCUUUAUCCUUUCUUUCUAGAAUCCUUCUCUCUGAAAUUCAAAAUUUGCUAAAAUGUGACAUCUUCUCCUCCAUCUCUUUUCUCCACCAAACUUCAGGUCCCCCUGCUUACUAACAUAAAUGUGCAUUUUUACCUAAGGAGUCCUCCACCACCCUCCACUGGCCACAUUCUCACCCAGCUUUACUUAUGCUGUUUUAGACACACCUAGCAUAGGCCCUUUCCUCCCCACAUUUUGGGAAGUCUUCCGAACUCAGCCCAGCUGGAAUGCCUUCAUCUCAUUCUGCCCCCUGCACUUGCCUCUGACCCCUCACUGCCAGCCUUCCUCUGAACUCUUGUGUCCUUCUGUGUGGCUGUGCGUUUACUUGGAACUUCUGUAUUCACAUAGCCAAAGACUCAUUUUCUAGCUCCAGAAAUGGAUCAGGAUUAGCAUUUCUUCUCUUGAAAUUUGUUGAUUUCAUCCUGAGACACAGACUUACUGACUAUGGGUUGAAAACACAAUGAAGAUUUAAUGCCAACUAAUUAUUGGCUCCCAAGUCUCAGUGGGAAGCAUGGGGCAGGAGUCUUUGUUUAAAAAAAAAAAAUGGGGAGAAUUUUUGUUUUAGUUUUUCUCUCCUGGUCAGUAAGAAAGAGGCUUGGUAUUGUGCUGAGAGCCGUGGGUCUUCUCUUAUCAGGCAAGAGGAGGGACUGAACUUAAAUCAGUUUUCAGAGAAGUUUAAAGCAGAGCACAGACAAAACAGUUUUCUUGUGCCUCACAGGACAAGGGUGUGUAGGUGAGUGAGGGCUUAGUGCUUUUUAGCAAUGGCUAGGCAAGCAGACAGUCACAUCAUCUGGAGGGUGUCCAGCGCUGUAAGGAUUAGCUGCUGAAGUAUACCAGUUCGGGCUGAUGGGAAAUGGGACUAGAGUUUCCCAGCAGGGCUACUGUGUAUGGUCAUUCAGGUUGCUCACUGCAUAAUCCUAGAGGGCUCCACUGACAUAAAGGAUGGUGUGAAUGGUGCUCUCUGAGGUGUGCAUUGCACGAUGUGCCCACUGUGUGUGUUUAGGCAGAGACAUGCUUAAGUAGUAUGUAAACUCUUUAAAACACAUAGGUGAAAAAAAAAAAAAACACAUAGGUGAAAA